AUUUUGAAGGAUCUUGACCUGAUUGUGACCGGUGAGACUGGAGGUACAGAAAUAACCGGCGAAGAGUAGAGGCAUGUUAGCGAAGCAUAUCCUCCCAGCUACUUUGACACAGUGACCAAGUCUUGUCAAGGUGUUUUCACAUGAUGAUGGCGUUCACUUUGUACCCAAGCGAGAUGUCCCAGGUCCCUGGACGGGAUCCAGCGCUCAUAGAGAGCAUCAACAAAAACAUGCGUGUCCCAGAACGCCUGAGCGUUACCCCGGGGCAGCAGUGGCAGGAGGAGGGUGGAGAGGAGGCCAUGAGGAGGCCAGAGGAGCCUCCACCUGCUUACACCAUGCACGUCCCUGAUAGGCUGACAUACACAGAAGCCCCUGAUAUGAGCCCCAGACCUCUGUUCACUCAGUCCAAACCAACCAUCUGUGGCCCUCUGGGUGCUGAACCGUGCUGGGAGAGUCCUUCAGGAGAGGUCUUCUUCAGAGACGUGCUGCAGAGUCCCAUACGGAGAUCUUACAGUGACCAAAGCUUUGGCAGAACGCCGCCUGGCACACCGACCCAGCUCAAACAGGCACUGGCACUGCCCAGACACCCGUCCAGCUCUCGAGGUUCAGGCCAUCAACUCCAGCAACGCUCCACUCCUUCUCCUUCCACACAGACCACUGACCCUCAGGCCCAGGCUCUCCCUGACAUCCCCCCCAGCCUCUUGUCUCCACACUCCAUGCUGCAGACAGCCAAGCAGCUGGGCCUGAAGGCCUCACAGCGCCUACUGCAGACAGUCAGCCAGAAGUACAGAUUUCCCAGCCAAGAGAAGCUGCCACCAGCGAGAGUCGUGACCGAGGUCCCUGCAUCAGCACUUGCGGAGCACAGCAGCAAAAGGGCCAUGGAGAACUGGAGCCCAGAGGAAGAGGGAGGAGCUGCAGUUGAGUUCAUUAUCCUCAGGAGACAGGUGAUGAAGAUGAGUCGCCGGCUGGCGGCACUUGAGAGGCACAACGCUGACAGGAGGAAUACUGAAGUUGUCCUGUUCUCGCUGCUUGUCUCCGCCUGCUUGCUCAACGUCUGGCUCUGGAUCCGCAGAUAACACUCAACUCACUGUCCUACACACCUGUACACUGGUUUGGCUGAACUUGUGAGGACUUAAUUAAUAGACUGAUUGUCUUUUAAUGGAAUUCUAGCAGCUGUUCAAGGAAUGUUUUAGCAAAGUCAAAUCAGACGUUUAUGUUAAACUGGUUGACUGUUGCCAUCAUCAUGAUAUUUGGCCCAAAUGACCUCACUUAGUAAACAUAAUCUCACUGUAGGUGACAAAACUGAGUUCUCACAAGAACAGCCAAACAGGUGUACACACACAUAUUUACAUGUAGCACUUUGUAAAUGUGGCCUAUGCCUGCCUAUCUUUAAGGGUCGCAGGAGGCUGGAGCAAUAGGUGGUUAUAUAGGUUACACUCUGGACAGGUCGACAAUCAAUCAUGGGGCUGACACAUAGGAACAGUCAAUUCACACACACAGAAAACCUUCUGGCUGUGAGGCGACAGGCUAUCCAGUGUACCACUGUGCUGCCCUAAUAUUGAGAUCUUUUCAAAUACAGUGUUGUGUGAAGGUAAUGCUCCCACAACACAGACACUAACCUCAUGUCUGAGUAUCACUCCCACUUGAUGACAGUCAUGUAUUCAGACACAUUGUAGUGACUGUCAGAGCUAAUGACACAUUGAAAUACACUCCUCACACAGAUACACAAUCUGAAAGGUAAAUAUAAUCUUGACUACAGUCUGUUGUUUUUGUUAUUGUUGUAUAAACAGUGUGAUGUAGGAGUUUACAGUGUUGAUGUUACUGUUGUCCUCAGUAACAGUCCACACUGAUUUAAUUGUCCAAAUCCAAAAGUACAUGAAUAUCAGUGACUAUUACAGUACCUGGAGAUAAUGUUUGGAGACUGGUGUGUUUUUCUGUCUGCAGUGCACGUUUGAUUGGUUGAGGUGACGUCUUGUGUGAAGCUUUUGGCCCAAACACUCAAGAUACAGUUUUUAUGCAGUUAGACAUAAUGUUUUCAGGUUGUUUGUCCGUCCCAUUCUCAUGAACAAGAUAUCUCAGGAACGCCUCCAGGGAUAUUGUUCAUAUGUAGCACAAGCGUCCACUUGGACUCAACGAUAAACUGAUUAGAAAUUGGCAAGGAAACUAAAAGAGGGAAGAGUCAUUAGGUCACUCUGUAGGACAUGAACACAAUGGCACAUCAGUGUCAAUCUCUUCUCCCGAGACAGCAGGUAGUAUUGUGCAUGUUUUUGAUUAUCAAAGACUAAGCAACCUUAAAGCUGUCAGUGAUAUUUAAUAAUACUCAGUAGGACCAACAUUGGUCAGCCUUCUCCAUAAUGUUUCCUGCUAUUGUCAACAGGUGGCAUUAUUUACCAACAGUUGGUAUGAACCUUUAUCACAUACCUGUAACAUUACUUUUUUUUGUCAGUGAACAAAGAAAGCAUGUGCACUUUGUUUAGCUAAAUUCAGCCAGCAGUCUCUCUUUUUAGACGUCUAACAUUCAUUUGGAGUUGAAACUUUAAUGUUAGUACGAAAUAAUCCUUGUGCUUUCAGGGAGCUGCGCUGUUUGUGAGUGAUAGCAAAUAUUACAACCUCUCUAACGUCAUUGUUGAAACGUGAAACAACAGAUAUGAUGGGUUAUAGUGAGACUUGUGUGACACUAAUGCAAAAUUUGAAUGCUGUCACCAUGACAUAAUGACCCUUCCUUCUUUUAAAAUGUCUGUGUAAUUUGGUGGUCAAAGGUCACUGUGACCUCAUUAAACACGUUUUUGGCCAUAACUUAAGAAUUCAUUCACUAAUUAUGACAAAACUUCACACAAAUGUCUAACAAGAUAAAAUGAUGAAGUGAUAACAUUUUAUAUCCAAAAGGUCAAAGGUCAACUUCACUGUGACAUCAUAAUGUUCUGCAAAAACACUUUUCUGUCCAAUAGUCAGCGCCAUACCUCAUGUUCUGAUUGUAUAGAUCUGGGAAAUACCAAAUAUAUUUUAUGAGUCUGGACAGACAUGGUUGAAACUGCAACUUGACGGGUUGGUGAAGGCAUACUACCGUGAGGUGGUAAUUCUAGUUCACUUGGUCUUCAGUUUACGAUUAUUCAUCAUGUACAUCACUUGCUAAGUUUGUGUAGUUAUUUUUCUCAAAGCGGUGCCAUUAUUGCUGUUUAUUUAAUAAAAGUAGAUUUUAUAUUUAAAU